ACUUUGACUGCAGAUAUUUUUGAUUCUGCUCUUCUUAAUAUGAAUAUGUCCAAACCUUCACAGACUGUUCUGUUUGUCUUCAUUUUAACAGCACAGGUGUUUACAGUCGUCUGGUCCCAGGUAUGUCCACGGAGAUGCCAGUGUCCCAAGGAGCCCCCGAUGUGUCUCCCUGGAGUUCCCCUGAUCCUGGACGACUGUGCCUGCUGCCUUGUGUGUGCUCGUCAGAAAGGACAGAUCUGCUCUGAAAUGAACCCCUGCGACACUCGUAAAGGGCUGCAGUGUGACUACACAGCCGACGUCCACAAGAGGACUGGUAUCUGUGCAGCUCAUGAAGGAGAUGUGUGCGUUUUGGGCAGUUCUGUCUACAAGCAUGGUCAGACCUUCUUCCCCAGCUGCAAGUACCAGUGUGUGUGUCGGGGCGGACAGAUUGCCUGCGUGCCACGCUGCAACGUGGAUGUGAUGCUGCCUGGCCCUGAUUGUCCCAUGCCACGGAAGAUCCAGGUGCCUGGAGAGUGCUGCGAGAAAUGGGUGUGUGAGCCCCAAGCAGAGGCCAGUGCUCUGGGUGGCCUCGCCAUGGCAGCCUUUCGUCGGGAGGAGACCGUGAGCUUUGACAACUGGGACUCCAGCCUGAAUUGCAUUGAGCAGACCACAGAGUGGGGUGCUUGCUCCCAAACCUGUGGCAUGGGGGUGUCCACCAGAGUGACCAAUAAGAACCGUCGCUGUGAGAUGGUGAAGCAGAGCAGACUGUGCAUGAUCAGACCCUGUGAUGACCUGCAGAGUCAUACUCAGCCAACACAGCUUUCAACAAAGAGAGGCAGUAAGUGUCAGAGGAUGGUAAGGAGUGACCACGCUGUCCACCUCUCCUAUAAGAACUGCACCAGUGUCCAGGCUUACAAACCUCGCUACUGUGGCUCCUGCACAGACGGCCGCUGCUGUACACCUCACAGAACUAAGACCGCCAUGGUGGAGUUCCAGUGUGACAUGGGUAAAAGUGUCAGGAGGCCAGUCAUGGUGAUCCUGACCUGUGUUUGCCACAGCAACUGUCCUCGAGACAACGCUGUGUGGCAGCCAUCAGAGCUGGGAUACAGUGGCAUGAGGUUAUAGCUAAACGACUUGCAAUAGUAAAUCCACAUUGCUGCUAAUAACUAUGUCUUUAAAUCCAAGGAUGCCUUCAAACCGGCUGGAAGACAGAUAAAAAUAAACUCUACAUAUAAAAGACAGAUAAAAAUAAGACAGA